AUGGCUGCCAUCAGGAGGAAAAGAAUCAUAUUGCCAAGAACUAGUGGAGAAGUGGAUGCAGACGGUUGCAGUACAUCUACUGCUGAAAAGGGCCAUUUUGUUGUAUACAGUUCCGAUGAGAGCCGCUUUGUUGUGCCCUUACCGUAUCUCAACAGCAACAUCUUUAGGGAGCUCUUCAAGAUGUCUGAAGAGGAGUUUGGAUUGCCCAGCAAUGGCCCCAUCACUUUGCCCUGUGACGCAGUCUUCAUUGAGUAUAUAAUCUCUCUGGUUCAGCAAUCCAUUGCCAAAGACCUAGAGAAAGCUUUGCUCACAGCCAUAGCAACCGGGUGCUGCUUAUCAACCUCCAAUCUCUGUCAAGAACAAGGAAGCCAACAAUUACUAAUAUGUGGAUAUUAA